GUGCACACCUUUAUUUCUUACAAGCAUUGGUGUAUUACAAAUUAGCACUAGGAAAGAAAUCUAGAGACUGAGUUUUCAUAGAAAUUACCUGGUGCUGCUUCAGAUAUAACGUGACUUAUUGAAUAUCGAAACUGCCUUUCUGGCUGGUGGGCAGUAUUUGCACAUGACGAGAUAAUUCCUGUUUUUCUUAUUAUUUUUAGUAAUAGAGACGAGGUCUCACUGUGUUGCCCAGGCUGGUCUGGAACUCCUGAGCUCAAGUGAUCCUCCCGCUUCGAGCUCUCAGAGUGCUAGAAUUACAAUACCCUGUGUUUCUAAAACUGGUCUUUGUUUUGUUUUGUCAUUAGCAUGUGUGACACAAGAGGUCAACAUUGAACUUAGCGUUUUCAGUAGCUAAGAUGAAAUGUUUAUAUUAAUGUGCUUCUGUUUCUUCAUGUUUCAGGAGGAAAAUAAGAUUUUAUUUUAUCAUCCAAAUGAGGUAGAAAAGAAUGAAAAGAUUAGAAAUGUCGGAUUGUGUGAAGCUAUUGUACAGUUCACAAGGACCUUUAGCCCAUCAAAACCUGCAAAAUCUUUACAUACCCAGAAGAAUAGACAGUUCUUCAAUGAACCAGAAGAACAUUUCUGGAUGGUCAUGGUUGUUCGGAAUCCUAUAAUUGAAAAACAGAGUAAAGAUGGAAAACCAGUUAUUGAAUAUCAAGAGGAGGAGUUGUUGGACAAGGUUUACAGUUCAGUGCUACAGCAGUGCUACAGCAUGUACAAGCUUUUUAAUGGAACAUUUCUGAAAGCCAUGGAAGACGGAGGCGUCGAGCUUCUGAAAGAAAGAUUAGAGAAAUUCUUCCAUCGGGUAGACGUGACUUGUCAGCCACACCUGAUGGAGGGCGGUGCUGGAACAGGCCUGGAAUACGAGUGGCAACCCUGUGCUAAGGCAAAGGACCCACAGCCCUGCGGAAGCCCAGAGAAGCUCCUGACUUGGAGGAGGGGUCACCUGAGUUGUCAGAGUGGGGACUGGGCCCGGAAAGUCUCCAGCCCUCCAGAGGUGGAGCGGGUGCUGUACGGGCUUGGGCUAUCAGUGACGUUUUCAUUUGAAUACAGUUGUUCAGCAUCGGACAGUCACAUGAAUCUUACCGGUUUGUUUUGUCAUGACUUGCCAGCCUCUAUCCAGCCAACGCUGGAUUUUUGCCGAAGACUGGACAGCGUCGUUGGGCCCCAGCUCACGGUGCUGGCCUCUGACAUCUGCGAGCAGUUUAACAUCAACAAGAGGAUGUCUGGGUUUGUACUUGGCUUUCUGUUCACGUUCACGCAUUGA